CUGUGCCUUUAAGCCGCUGUGUGCAGGAUUACCUGGGAGAAAGGCCAGCAUUUCCCACUGCUGGAGCAAAGUCUCAGCCCCCUGGGCCUCAGUCCCUCCUGCUGCAGCCCCCACAACAUGCAGCCCCAGGAGAGCGGCGUCCACUACAGCAGGUGGGAUGACAACAGCCGGGACGAGGUCAGCCUGGCGGCCGUGUCCAGCACAGAGGAGGCCUCAUGCUGUCAGAGGGUCUCCCGGAAGCUGUGCACAGGCAAGCUGGGGGUCGCCAUGAAGGUGCUGGGCGGCGUGGCCCUCUUCUGGGUCAUCUUCACCCUGGGCUACGUCACUGGUUACUACGUGCACAAGUGCAAGUGA